UUAUAUACGUAAAAACCGAAGACAGUUUUAUAACUUUCAAUAUUUGCAAAUUACGUUUAAAUAUAAAGGUCUUAUCUGUUAUGAUAUUUUGGGAACAAAAGAGAAAAUUAUAUAUUUUCUACAACUUAAAUUAUCAAGAAAACUUACAAAAUAAGGAUUUCUUGCAAGUCUGAAUAGUUGUUUUUGUAGAAAUUUGCAAAAACAAUUCAGAAUUCAGAAGAUUAAAUGAUUUGAGAAUCGGAUUUUUUAGUAAAGAUAUAUAUUAAGCCUCUCUUCGUAUCUAAGAUGAAGCAAUCCAAAAUUAUUGCUAAACCAUCCCCGCCAAUCCGUGCCAAAGUUAUUAAAACGAUUCAUAAGGCUAAAAAAAAUAAAGCGAAAUAUACAUCUACGUCAAUUUCUGUAAGUAGUUCAAGAAUAGAUAUAAAAGUUAAAGAAAUGCUCUUAAAAACGGUGAAUACAUUUGAAAAUAUGGACGAACUAUUAUUGGUAGGAAAAAAAAACUUGCAACAAAACCGUAGGGAAAAGAUUAAAAGAAAUCAGAGUAAACCUCAUCUCGAAAAAAUAGAAAAAAAGACUCAGCGAAAAAGAAAAGCUAAUAUAAAAGAUGAAAUUUCUUCUUAUGAUUCUUCUGAUUCACCGAUGCCUAGAAAGAGAAGGAAACCAAAUCACAUCGAAGUAAUUGGGCGUACCAGGGGCCCAAUUAAACGUAAACUAGCUGAUGUAAUUGGAGUAGAGCAAAAUGAAAAUGUUGAAUUUAAUGCUCCCGCACAGAAGAGACAAAAACGUGAUGUUGAUUGCAAUAUUGCCGCACAGAAGAGACAAAAACGUGAUGUUGAUACCAAUAUUGUUCAGCUAUAUUAUCCUAAAUCUAAACAGAAAAGAAUGAUUGCCAAAAAAAAAUAUUUGGCGCGUCUGGAAGAAAUACGUAGCACUCCUCCAUUGACCAGAGCACGAAAACGAAUGAUGCCCCAGGAAAAAUUAUGGGAAUUUAUUGACCCGCCGAAAAGACGUUGAACUGUAAACCUCAAAGUUUAUAAAAGACUUAUGCAAAAUUUAAAAACUGAAAAAUAUUCCCAAAAUUCUAAAAAAUGUGAUCUAAAAUUGACUUUAGGUAAUGCCGAAUCCGUCAGCCAAAUUAUAUGCAAUUUUUAAUUUCAGCUAAUUUUAAAAAAAACACUCAUAUAAUAAAGAUAAUUUUUUAUUUAAU